AUGGAGGAUUCCAGCUUCAGCUACUAUAACACAUCCUCCAACGAUGGUGACAGUGACACUGAUGAAACCAGCAAUAUAGUGGUUUGGAUCAUCAUCGGCACUGGACUUUCUUUGAAUCUGGUGGCCAUAUUUGUCGUUUCAUCAAAGGUGAAAAGCGACCAAGUUGCUCCGGUGUCUAUCGUCAACCUCCUGAUUUCUCAUCUGAUCCAAGUAUUAGUGUGUUUCACAGUGAAGCAUCAUUAUUGUCUGACCACAUAUGUCUUGUAUUUUAGGUACCUGGCUGUUGCCAAACCGCUGUGGUACCGAUUCAGGCAGAACAUAAAGACCUCUGUGAUGGUGUCUGUGAUGGUCUGGAUCUUCUCUCUAGUUUUCACUCUGGCCUCCUUUUCAUCUGGAGAUCAACAGACAAAUAAAACCACCUUGGCUGUGUUUCUUCUCCUACCGUUUCCCCUGUUCAUCUUUUUCCUGGCUGGGACGGUCAAAGCGUUGUCGGAAGCUCGAAGCGUCCCUGCUGAUGAGAAACGUCGAAUCAUUGCGAUCCUGGUCAUGGUGCUGCUCAUAUAUGCUGUGCUUUUCCUGCCCAUCAUAAUCUCUCUACUGUUGCCUCGAAGAAGCCCUGUUUUCAAGAAGAUGGUUUUGAUUUGUGCUGUUCUCAGUCCUCUUGCAGACGCGGCGAUGUUUGUUUUGCUGAGAAAAAGUGUAGUAGACAAGCUUUUGGCCUUGUUGUGUUGCUGUAAAACGCUGAAGAAUCAGGAGAUCAACGGCGCUGAUAAGGACGACCCUACGGCCGUCUCCACUGAAACAGUUUAGGUUCCACUGCUCUGCUUCAUUUCUUCAGCUAUUGCUGUGGACGACCUGCAAAGA